GCCACCGGAAUGCGGAAUUUUUGAGAACAAUAAUUAUUGUCGGCAUGGAAGUACAAAAGGUUAAGGAUAUAUUAUAUAUUUUAUGCUCCGUAAGGGUGAUACAUGAAAGUUUUCUCGUAUUUCUACACAUCUGGAGAUCUAACGAAGCAUAGUUUUGCCGUCAAAACGAACUGAAUGACCAACCUCGCGGAAGGAGAAGAGGAAAGGCAACUUCGUUUUGGUGAGUAAAGUUUGAUUGCCUUAGAACGUAUUUUAAUAAGUAAGAUAGUGGAGAAAAUGAACAUUCAGAUUGCACUUUGAGCCCGGCGACCCAACUCAAACCACUAAUGAAGAGGUUUCUGCACUAAAAUCAACGGAAUAUUAUCGCAAUUUCUGUGAGCAUGCUUCGGCAUAAAGCCUUGUGGGACAGAGAGCUGUGAAAAUCACUUCCAUGUGGACGUAUGCAACCUACAGCAGUUGCAUCUUGAAGAACUGAAUUUCGCGGUCAGCAGGAGAACUCUUAAACAGAAGACACGCUCUCAGACACGUUCCCGUAAAAACAGAAGACACGCUCUCAGACACGUUCCUGUAAAAACGUACAUGUUGCUUGCUUCCUCUCUUUAAACCGGUCGGCCAACAUAACCGCAGCCAUUUGAUAUCAACCUUGUCAUCUCAUCCACGCCUUAUGCUCUGUCAUACAAGAAGGAAAUGCUUUAAAACGGAUUUUCCCUCUUCUCACGUGUGGUUUACCUUGCUUGGAAAGACCUUUUGGUACAUGGCCCGCGGUCAUGAAAACAAACGGGAACAAAAAGUGAAUUUUCCACUACACGAGGUAACAAACAAGGAAAAUUUUCGGACCAAUUAGAGUUACGCAGCGAGAAGGGACAGCGAAUAAUUCAACACGUUUUUCUCGAAAUUAGAACAAAAAUAGCAGAAAAGUAAAAUGUAUCCAUCGCUCUUUUGCUCCAGCAAUUCUCUUCAUGAUAAAAUCCAUCGAGGUCAUACAGAUGAUAUAGUUUUAUUGUCUGUGAUUCAAUCAACGGACAUUUCAAGUCUGGUUCGAUCAACUUCUUCUAGCGCUGGCCAAAUUUUCCCCCUAGCUCUGCACAGGGGCAGACAGCAACACUCAUCACUAUUAACUCACUACUUCAAUCCAUGGUGAAAGAAAUUUUAAACCUCUGAAAAAAGUUUGAUCUUCACGUGAUUGCAGGCAACUCAAAGUUCAGUAUAAAAUCCAAAAGUGUCUUUAAUUCCAGAAGAAAUAGUUAGCUACAUCGUAAAUAAAACUUAAAACUAAUAUAGACUCAUUAUCAUUUUGAUACCUCUCCAACUCAAGUAAGGCUACAGAUAUGGUUUGUGUCAACGAUUGACAGGGAAGUAUUGAAUUUAAGUUACCUUAAUUAAUUAGGGUUUAAGAAAGGCUAGAAUGUUCUGCUGAAAACAAAUUGAUGAGUCUUUUUGUAUGUUGCUUAAAAGCAGAGAGUCAUAGAGCAAAACGAGUAAACAUUUUCUAAAAAUAACCAAUGGAACGAACUUUCCUGCCUCGCAGCUGGUUAAAAUUUUCCUAGUGCAUUCCAAUGAAUAUCAACUACAGAGUUCGAAUUUGCGGCUUUUCAAAUCUAUUUUCGUUGAUACAAAAGAAGUUUAGUGUUAUGCUUAAAACAUAAUGUUUAAAUAAUGAAAUUGUGAAUGCUUGUUUCUCAUGCAGCAUAAACCCGCUGGUUACAAAUGGAAGACAAAACCGACUCAAAACAAGAAGACAAAAAAGAAUACUGUGGGGGAAAUGGUUAUUGUCUGAUCGACGAGAGAACUCUAAAUUUACUUUUAUAUGGUUCCCGCGAAGUCAGAGUUAUAGACGUGCAGAAACUAAAACGGAAGGUUGAAGAUGAACAAGGUACGAAAACAGCUUGUUAACAUCACGGUAAAACCAAUUAUUUAUCAAGUGCGCCUAAAAAAAUGGCUAAGAACAAUAUCACUGAUAUUUUUGAUACAGGAGGGAAUUUGACUCAGCUCUUAAAACUACCAUAAAGCAAUACAAGCCCGUUUCUACUUCCAAAUAAAACCGCACCAUUUACCAAAUGUUUCGAAUCAUACGUAGACCCUCAAGCAUUCAUAAAAAUAUUCGAGAUAGCAUUGAUAAAGUUGUUAUUCUCUUUUGUUGACAUUGAAUUAAUUUAAUUGUUCCAAAAAUUUCCGCUUUCACUGUUGUGUUUACGAGGUUUUUAUGUCCGCCCUGAGUAAUUACCCCAAAAAAUUUGCAUGGGCAGAGUAAUUUAAGCCAAUAUAUACCCUUGUGUGUAUUGUUCACUUGCACUUUCCUUUAUCUAGAAGCAAUACUUUUCGGAGGGAGUGGAAACAUUUGAUACUCUGCAAAUCCUAUGCAAUAAUUUUAUCGACGAGAAAUCACGUGAAAAGGAAAACGUCUAGUUUUCUGUCAAUCUUGAGGUUUCCUGACGAUGAAUGUGUCUUUGUAUUUGACAAUUAUUACAUAAUUUUAUUCAUUGGUAUCCGAGCCACAAAUUAAUUGUUCAUUUUCCAGACCUUUUUUUAAACUACAACGGUUGUCAAUAUCCACAGAGUGCAUUUAAGUCAGAAAAGCUCAGGUUCCGGUGAAAGGUUUUAGAAAAGGGCUUCUUUUGAAACGCAAGUAAAAUACAGAUCGGAAAUGAUCUUUCACGUUGCGGUUUUGGUCAGUUGGAUGUUGUCAUGUAGAGUCUGUUUAUUCUGUAAGUAAGGCUUUGAAUAAGCACGUAACAGAUCCACACUUGAUAUGACAAAAUUCUUAGCGUUAUUCAUAGCACCAUUUCUUUAUUCUUGUCCUUGUCGAUAAGCUCUGAUCUUGAUUCACCUUACGGGGUGAAUCAUUCGAAGUAUAGAGGCUCUAGUAUUCAGGGUCAUGCCUAGCUCCCUCCAAUCACUCUACGUGAUCUCGCACUGCUGUAUUUUUCAUGGCAUCUGACGGGCACUUGACUAUGACAUAGAUGAAAGUUUCGGAGCGCUCAGCCUCAAGCUAAAUGUAUCUUUGUUGCAAGCUACCUUAUGAGGAACAGAUACUUAACAGUACAACUGCUCAUUCAAAAUAGUCCUCCCUUUCAAUUAUUCAAUCGAUUUUUCACAGGAGGUUCGUCUUCCAAAAAACAGAACAUUACCGAUGACCAUGAGAAGCCUCGGCUCACAAACGCCAUUAGAUCAUUCCCGGAUGAAGUGCAUCUCUGUAGAUCGAGUAUUCCUGGUGCUGGUUAUGGAGUGUGCGCGAAAGAGCACAUUCCGCUGGGCACAUGGAUAGGUCCGUAUGAAGGAAGCCGCCUGCCCGCCCGAAAUUUUCCUUCAAAUUAUGAAACAGGAUAUCUAUGGGAGGUGAGAUUUGAAAAAAAAAUUGGGCUUCAAUCUGAAAAGUAAUUCUUCUUGAAAUAUUUUCAUAUCUUUCUCCUUUUCGGAGUUGCUACAUUUAUUUGUCUGUAAAUAGAUCUUGACAUGCUUGAGUCUAAAUAUAACUUUAAUAUAAUUUAGAAAACAAUUAUGAAAAGGUGAAAUAUUCUAAAGAUAUAUGUCCUCUUAUGAGCUUCUGAUAUUGUAUGAAGGUGUCUUCUUAUGGAUAUAUUCUGUAUCAAAAAGAAAUUGACCGAAAAUGUGCGUUUAUUUUGAGCAUAACAUUAUUAUGAGUAUACGCAUCUCUGAAGAAACUAAAUACACUGACUUCAUACCAAAAAUCUAAAAGAUUGAGUCCUCCAUAGAGAGAUAUCUAACUUCGAAAAAUUGAUAUUAAAAUAUUGGGAGAAAAAUGGUUUAGUUUUAUUUUAGGACUUGGAAAUAAAUCACAGUGCGGUAAUCCAGUAAGUUGCAGGGGAGGGGAGGGUUGGGAGUUGAACUUGGAAGCACCAGAUGGCAAGUGAAAUACUUUAACUUCUCGGUCACGUUGCCUCCCGUCCUCUUACUUCGUUUUACUUGCCCAACCUGAAGAAAAAGUGAAAUGCUGAAUAUUUAAAUUCUUGCUUCAUAGAUCUACAAAGAUGGCCGACUAAGUCACUAUAUUGACGGACGCGAUGAAGACAACUCCAGCUGGAUGCGAUUCAUUCAAUGCGCACGUCAUGUAAAGGAGCAGAAUCUAUAUGCUUUUCAAUACUGUGGCAACAUUUUUUACCGGGCGUUUAAGGAGGUCCCCCCCGGGACAGAAUUACUGGUUUGGUACGAUGAAAAAUAUCCACAAUUUCUUGGAAUUCCUCUUGGUAUACAGGACUAUGAAUUCUUCAGAGAAUCUGGUAAGGCGGUGUUGAUUUUUCAAUUCACCUUAAAAUAAGUUUUUUUGGAUCUUCAACAACGGGUUGAAAGAGAACUGGGUAAUGUUUCAGUUGAGAAUGAUUUGCAAAGUCUUGUUUUCUAGUAAGUCGAACUAAAAAACUAAAGCGAAAAGAUGUAAGCAUUGUCACAAACGGAGAAUUAUUAUUCACUGUUUCCACUAUGCUGUGAUCAAAACCACCAGGAUUUGUAUACAAUAUUAAUACGAGUGCAAUUUGAUUUUCAUAAGCCCCAAUAAAAAGACAACAAAAUUGCACGAGCCCGUUGGGCGAGUGCAAUUUGUGAUCUUCGAAAAGUUUACAAAACCUUAUUACAUCAAAUUGCACGAGAAAUCAUGUCAUUACUUGUUAAUAAUUUACAUGAAAAACGCAUCACAGUAAGUCAAGACGGACGAAAUUUGGCAGUGCGUGUGCUAUUUGUAAUUUGCACUCGUGUUACAUGAAAAAUACAUUCGUUUUCAGCCACUCAAACGCGCGUAAUUUUUUCACGUAUAUUAUUAAGUGUGUAGAUCGAAGGCGCUGAGCAUAACUUUUAUUUGUUUUAUCUGUUUUGAGUGACAAAGUGUCCUAAACUUUAUUUUAAUGACCGUAUGAAAGAUGCUAAGAGUUUAUGAAUCCUCCGAAUGUGAACCCCAUAACUUACUCUCACCAUGGUUUGUAAAUUAAGACCGCUCGACUGCAAUUUCACAUUUAGCUUUCCUUUUUUAUUCACAGUGUCAUCUUCCAAUACCCAAAGCUCUCCAGUCUGCAGUUCCGCCAGUUUGUUUGUUGACCCAGUGACACGGUAUCCAAAAACCCACGGUUUUCAAGAAUCACAUGAUAAUCCUAAUACGGGUAGUUUUAGAUUCCCUUCACCACGUGAGCCGCCUCCACGCUUCGUACGCCCCUCAAGCAGUGCGGGUAAUGUUUUCCCGCGAGACAAGCUUGGCACUUCUGGAAUUAGAGGUGGUCCUAGUUUCGCUGCAGGCUCAGUUGAAAGUAAAAUGAUUGAGACAGAUUUAACCGCAACGACAACAGUUGAUGGACAAUUUUUCAGGAACUUUUCGCAAAUACCUGCGCCCAGUGGUAACAAUUUUUAUUCGCCGCAAAUAAAGAACAAGGACUCGCAAGAAAAAGUUGUGAAAACUGAAAAUUCAACCCGAGGGUAUAUGUCUGAUAAACAUUGGGAACGGCAAAGAGAUGAGGAUCCCUUGUCUAAUAACGAAAGAAGACUUCCAGCAAAAAUAAACGCUCUGCGUGAAAUGCCGCCAUUACAAUUCUUCGAUAGUGAGUACUAAAUUUAUUCACUUAAAAAAAAAGUUUCCACACAGGGUCGAUUUAAUAAAAUUAGUGUUACUUAUGAAAGCCCUUUGCUGAAGCAGGUGACCCGUUAUUUGCAGACCUACGUGUUUCACAGAAACUCUAACUUGCUUUCGACGCAUAGAAAAAAUAUGUUUUCUAUAAAACGAGUGCUUUUUCCAAAAGCCAUAUUUUAAAGCGUGUUAGGCCAGAACGUAACUUCCCAUGAGUUAAUGUAUUGGCAUGCCUCUUGUUAAUUUAAUACUUAAGAUAGAAACGCCCAACUGUGACUUUUCCAGAUGAUCAAAAACAUUCUCCUCGCACGAAUGAAGGACAAGCUCUAAAGCGAAAUGGAGAUGGAGUGAAGAGUGUAAUGCCAGCGCUUCGUCCUGCUAUGCCUCCGCUUCUCCACACACCGCAAUAUCAUGAACACUUAGGAACAAACAUAUCAGGAAUUUCUCUGUCUCCGGAUGAAUUUGGUAUGUGGAGGUGCCGGCAGUGCUUAAAGACUUUCACUCAGCGGGUUCUUCUUCAAAUGCAUGAGUGUUCCCAGACCCCUGAUAAACCGUAUCAGUGCGGCCAGUGUACGCUUUCAUAUGGGACGCCGUCGGAACUCAGAAGUCACGUGGACACGCAUACCAAUGAGAAGUUGUUUAAGUGCGGGUUCUGUUCGCGCUCUUUCUCAGGGGCUACCACCUUAAACAACCACAUACGCACCCACACCGGUGAGAAGCCAUUCAAUUGUGAGAAAUGCCGCAAGACAUUUUCACAAGCUAGUCAUUUAGCGAGACAUCAGCGAGUCCCUGGGGACUGUGUUCCCUGGCAGAUGGGAUAGAUUAAAAUUCAGCUUAGCUGCUGCAAAUUGAUAAACAGACUCAGCUAAAAAGCUUUCUUGCCAUCCAAAUCAGAUCAUACGACUACUUUUUUGGGAGGUAAAAACUGAUAGAUUUGUAACACGGAAAUGAAAGAAAUGAUGUGUAUGCAAACAGAGAAAGUGUAACUACCCAAAUGAAUAAUCAAAUGAUCUGAUCUUAGCGGAAACAAAGAUGGGAACACGAGAGCCAAACCCGCUUCUGUUUGUAAGGAUUUGGCCCGAUCAUUCCAAUCAAUGCUCUAGCGAUCGAGGAUUUAAUGAAAUCAAGAUCAGACAAUCACUGGCCCGCACGAUCCGCGCGUUCGUAUAGAACUAAGUUCGUGUUUGAGCCUGAUUCCCACUUGAUCGCCUUAAUCGUCCCAGUCGCCCCAAAACCUUGCGCAAACGAGACGGUCCAGAUUGUCACGUGACAAUCAGCCCUUAACUUACACACAGAGUCGUUCUAAUGUUUCUCAACAAAAAAUUUUAGUUAAUGAAAAGCGUGCACUUGGAAAUGGUAGGGUUUAUUUUCACACCGAG